AUGCAGUGGCAGCAGGCGCCGCCGGGGCUAGCAGUCCCCUACGCGACAGCCCCUAGUAGCACACCACCGCCUCUCUUCGGCGUAAUCAUUCCCGGCUACCCCGUGCAGACCGACAUCUCCCCCGUCGACACCGGGCGGUGGACCGUCAGCCUCGGUGUGGCACCAGAGAGCUUUGUUGUGUUUCUCACCAUGUCAGAGCCGCUCCCGCCCGGCCACGGCAUCGGCCUCUUUCUCGCGCGCGAGGACACGAUGAGUUUCCAGUACGUCGGUGCUUUGACGCAGCAGCGUGCAAGCUCCAUCGUUAAAGUCCCUACUGUCUUUCUCAAUGCCGCCCAGCCAAUCCGUAUCGUUCUCGGGUUGGCGCUGGAGCGGGAAGAGGAGCUGGAGAACCUCGGCUUCACGCACGAGCAGCCGUUGCAUCAGUCGCAGGCAGCCACCAAGAUCGCCAUUGCCGAGCGAAUUCUCGAGGAUCUGUAUAGCUUCGUCGUGAGCUACGCCCGCAGCAUCACUUUGGGGGACGGUAGCGACACCAAUGGCAUUACUUCUAUCGAACCUGGCGACUAUGUCGUGAUGCCAACAUCCUUCGUGGACAAGUGGCGCGCACGCCUACAGUCGAAACUAGCAAAGGACAACGCCUUCUGGAAAUAG